AUGGCAUCGCUGAACAAGUUCCUCAUUUUUCUUAUAUUAUCUGUAUAUUUGUCUAGAAUAAUAGUAGUUGUUGACGGUAUUCAACUUUCAUCUGUCGAAUACCCCGAUGAAUCGAAUGACGAUGAAGACGAGGAUGAUGACGACGAUGCAGCUGAAGAACUCUAUAAUAAAACAUAUUCUGAGUACUCGACAGAGUUAGAAAGAUCUAUAUUCUCCAAGUAUUCAACAAAAAUCAGGCCUGCCAAAAACCAAUCAGCUCCUACUCUUGUCGAUAUUCACUGGCACAUUAUACAUGCCAGUGUUAAUCAAGAGCUGCAAACGCUCACUCUUCAUGGUCAUCUUUUCAUGCGAUGGGAAGACGAAUUUCUUGGUUGGGAUCCAGACGAUUUCAAUGGUAUCCGUAUAAUCCAAGCUCGCAAAUGGCAUGUAUGGCAUCCAAAGAUUAGAGUUGCCAACUCUAUUUCUGGUCUUCGCGCACAUCAAGACAUCUCGCCUGUGGCUCAUGUACUCAUACAGACGCAUUCAAAAGAAAAAGGAGCUAUGAUAGAAAUGUAUCCAACGUUUUCCAUAAACGUAGGUUGUUACUUUGAUUAUGCGGAUUAUCCGAAUGAUAUCAACAACUGUACAGCAAUCAUAUAUAGUCAUGCGAAAAUGACAGAGGUAGUCUUGCGAGUUUAUGAAAGUUGGCCACCGACUUUGAUGUUGGGAUGGGGAGGACAAGAAUCGAAGCGAAUUAUAUCUGAUUUCGAAAUGGUUAGCUUCACUAAUCAACUUCUCUACUACAUCAAUGGAACCGCCACAAAAGAGGCACCAGUCACUGAGAGACAGAAAUACGGAACACUACCUAUCCUAGCCGGAACACUUCAACUACGUCGUCAUACUGCUUUAUAUGGAAUAGGUAUACUCUUACCAUGUUUGGUUUCAAUCGCUAUCAAUAUCUGUUCUUUCUACCUGCCGUCAUUACAUAUGGCUGUAUAUAGCAUAAUGUCUAAUUAUUUCAUACAGAUCACCUUUUUACAAGAAUUUAUCACGAAGCUGCCUUUAUCUGUUUCACGUGUACCAGAUACAGUUGUACUAUAUGGAGUAUCAAUGUUGUUCAAUCUUUCAUCGUUUUUCAUUCAUGUGGUUCUAAUCAUUCUAACUAAGAAGAACGGCACAGACACCCAAACUGGCUCUCAGUUCCUAACAUAUUUCCCGAGUCUCUUUAAAUCUAAAUCCAUAGAAACAUGGGAUGUGAAAACAAAAAUUUUUCGAACGUGGAUUGGAUUCGGAUUCAUAUUUUCGUAUUUCGUUUUAUAUUUGUAUUUUACUUUCAAUUAA